CCGGCGCCCGCGGCGGCCACACGCAACUGCACCUGCCCGAGGCUCUCAGUCGUGCCCCAGCCUCGCCGCGAACCCGGCAUCCCGCCGCCGUGCGCCCCCGCGCAGCUCGCCAGCCGUCCACGUGGAGCCCGGCCCGCCGCCACACUGCACGCCCAAAGUGCGCCCUCUGCCCUCGCUGGGACGGAGGGCCCGGCCGCCGUCAUGCUGCCGGCCAUCUACGCCGCUUUGGCGGGGCUGCUGCUCCUGCCGUUGUUGCUGAACGUCUGCUGCCCCUACUUCUUCCAGGACAUGGGCUUCUUCCUGCGGGUGGCCGGGGUGGCCCGGCGGACGCGCAGCUAUGGGCACCGGCGGCCGGUGCGCACCAUCCUGGAGGUCUUCCUGGAAAAAGCACGCCAGACGCCGCACAAGCCUUUCCUGCUCUUCCGCGACGAGACGCUCACCUACGUGCAGGUGGACCGGCGCAGCAACCAGGUGGCCCGGGCGCUGCACGACCACUUGGGCCUGCGCCAGGGAGACUGUGUGGCGAUCUUUAUGGGUAAUGAGCCGGCCUACGUGUGGCUGUGGCUGGGGCUGGUCAAGCUGGGCUGUGCCAUGGCGUGCCUCAACUACAACAUCCGUUCGAAGUCCCUGCUGCACUGCUUCCAAUGCUCCGGAGCAAAGGUGCUGCUGGCCUCGCCAGAACUACAAGCAGCCAUUGAAGAGGUAUUGCCAAGCCUGAAAAAAGAUGGUGUGUCCAUCUAUUAUGUGAGCAGAACUUCUAACACGGAUGGCAUUGACUCUUUGCUGGACAAAGUGGAUGAAGCGUCAAGUGAACCUAUCCCAGAGUCGUGGAGGUCUGAAGUCACUUUUUCCACUCCUGCCUUAUACAUUUAUACUUCUGGAACCACAGGUCUCCCAAAAGCUGCCAUGAUCAAUCAUCACCGCAUAUGGCUCGGAACUGGCCUUGCUGUAACAGCUGGGUUGAAGACAGAUGAUGUCAUGUAUGUAACUCUUCCCAUGUACCAUAGUGCUGCACUUCUGGUUGGCAUACAUGGAUGUAUCGUGACUGGUGCUACUAUUGCCUUGCGGGCUAAAUUCUCAGCCAGCCAAUUUUGGGAUGACUGCAGAAAAUACAAUGCCACUGUCAUUCAGUAUAUUGGUGAACUGCUUCGGUAUUUAUGCAACUCACCCCAGAAACCGAACGAUCGUGACCAUAAAGUGAGAAUGGCGAUGGGCAAUGGCUUACGAGCAGAUGUGUGGAGGGAAUUCAUCAAGAGGUUUGGGGACGUUCACAUUUAUGAGUUCUAUGCUGCCACUGAAGGCAAUAUUGGAUUUGUGAAUUACACGAGAAAAAUAGGUGCUAUUGGAAGAGUCAACUACCUACAGAGAAAAGUCAUAAGUUAUGACCUGAUUAAAUAUGAUGUGGAGAAAGAUGAACCUGUCCGUGAUGGAAAUGGAUAUUGCAUUAGAGUUCCUAAAGGUGAAGUUGGACUCCUGGUUUGCAAAAUCACACAACUUACACCAUUUAGUGGCUAUGCGGGGGCAAAGACUCAGACAGAGAAGAAAAAACUGAGAGAUGUCUUUAAGAAAGGAGACCUGUAUUUCAACAGCGGAGAUCUCUUAAUGAUUGACCAUGAAAAUUUCAUCUACUUCCAUGACAGAGUUGGCGAUACAUUCCGGUGGAAAGGGGAAAAUGUGGCCACCACUGAAGUCGCUGACAUAGUAGGACUGGUUGAUUUUGUCCAAGAAGUGAAUGUGUAUGGAGUGCCUGUGCCAGGUCAUGAGGGCCGAAUUGGCAUGGCCUCCAUCAAGAUGAAAGAAAACCAUGAAUUUGAUGGAAAGAAACUCUUCCAGCACAUUGCUGAUUAUCUGCCUCCUUAUGCAAGGCCACGGUUUCUAAGAAUACAGGACACCAUUGAGAUUACUGGAACUUUUAAACACCGCAAAGUGACGCUGGUGGAGGAGGGCUUUAACCCCACUGUCAUCAAAGAUGCCUUAUAUUUCUUGGAUGACACAGCAAAAAUGUAUGUGCCCAUGACUGAAGACAUUUAUAAUGCCAUAAGUGCUAACACUCUGAAACUCUGAAUAUUCCCAAGAGGGUAACUCAAUAUUCCCAGAAACAAAAUGAAUGGACCUAGUACAGCCAUUUGAUAUAACUCAACUUUAAUUUGACUGAAGAUUGUGAGGUAUAAUUUUUGCUUAGGAAAUUAUGCAUACCAAUAAGGGGAGACUUUUUUUAAUUACACCUGAACCUUUGCAAGUGAAAAGACUUAAUUAUUUUUCAAUGUUCACCUACCGUUUGUAUUUGCACAUGGAGCUGGUUGGAGGGAGGCCAUUAUUUUUUAAAAUACAUAAUAAAAUAGAUGAACACCAACAUGA